GCGGUGGCGGCGGCGUUCUAUUUGUCGGGCCGCGUGCGACCGGGGCGGAGCGUGUUGUGGGGAGAACGUUUAUAAAAUGCGUUACCGGUCCCUUCCGGCCGAUCAGUAGCUCUCAGCUAACCACAACGCGCACACGUUCACUCGUAAUCCUUCACAAGAAUUCGUUUACGAACACGAAAUUUUAAACGACGCGAUUUUUAUUCGUUUUACACGUGCGACUUUCGAGUUAAACUAUUUUAAAUACGCAACGUUAAAGUACUACUCGAGCAGUGUUACAGUACCAUAUUUUACAGUGCGUAUUAUUUUGGAUCACAAAAAAGACUUAAAAUAUUCAAAUCGUUUUUUUUCCAACGAGUUUUCCGACCGACCGACAACACUUAAACCACAUUGAAAAAUGGCGUCAGUACUGAACAUGAACUACGGCGUGUACUUUGGCGGUGACCGGUACGACGUCGAUCAAUACGACCUAUCGGCCAGCGACACGCUUCGCGCCGUCUACGAAGCUGCUUUCUCCAGCGGUGGCGGCUGCGUCGGACCGACUCCGUCGGCUGUCGUGGAAGUGGCGUCGUCAACGUCGGAUCAGUCGCUCAUCGGCGAGUCGUCGGCGUCAAUGAUCGGCGUCGUGAGAGGCGGUUCGCCGGCAGGUUCGGCGUGCACGGUCGUCACCACUUCCACGACGACGGCCUCGUCGUCUUCUUGCGCCGGCGACGAUCCCAAGUCACCGUAUGGCGGCUUCAGCGGUAGCGGUGCCGAUACGGCUCUCGACUUCGGGGCUUACGACGACGGACUGAGCGGUGAACUUGCUAGCGGCGACGACGGAUGCACCGACGUGGUGACAAAGAAACGCCGAUUAGCCGCCAACGCCCGGGAACGACGUCGCAUGCAGAACUUGAACAAGGCUUUCGACCGACUCCGCACCGUGCUGCCCACGCUCGGCAACGACCGACAGCUGUCCAAGUACGAGACCCUGCAGAUGGCCCAGACCUAUAUAACGGCCCUGUACGAUCUCCUCCAGUGAUCCACUGCUAAAAGAAGACUGUCGAGUCCUGAGACUGAGGGUUCCCGCAGGACGACAGGACCCUCCCAGACGCGUAUACGGUAUAGGUACCUAUAACAGUAAUAAUAAUAUAUGUAUAUGUAGUGAAUUUAUCGUAAUAUGAUAAUAUUAUUGCAGCCUUACUUGUGUAAUAUUAUAUCGGGCACGACGUUAUCGGCGUCGUAAUUUAUUAUUAUAUAUUUAUAGACUAUAUAGAGACUCACGAUUGAUUUAGAAAAUUCGACACGUACGCCUUAGAACGCAUUAUUUAUAUGUAUUGUAUUUUCUAGUGACCGUUUUUAUGUACACAGUAUACUUACCAUCUGAUCAGUGGUCGAUUUACGGGCAGUAAAAAUAAUAUUGUGUUGAACUACAGUUUUUAAUUAUUUUAUUUUGUAAAAAUAGCUAUAUACGCCCUUUAAUUAAUAUAAAUUAUAUUUAAUCUAUCAUAUUAAUAAAAAUAUAGUCGAUAUUUUUCUUAUAGAAAUUAUGCCUUUAAAAAACACAAUAUUAUUUUUAAGCGCCAUAGACGAAAAAUGUAAAAAAUCUGCCACUACCACGUGCCAUUUCACACUAUAAUAAUAUUAUAAAUUAUUAUAAUAAUAAUAUGUUAGUGAAUUUUCGAUGAUUAAGUUCACAUAAUAUUAUAUAAUUAUUAUUUUUAUUAUUAUGUUAUUGUUGUAUAUUGUCACCCUAGUCUGAUGUUUAUUAUUAUCUUUUGUAAAUCAAACAGUAGUAUGUAAGUGUUAUUUUUAUGACGAUAUUUGGUAUACGUAUCGCGUCGUCCAGCUUGUAAAUAUGUUAUAUCAUUAGGUAUUGUGACCGUAAAAUAUAUCGGUACAAAUCUCUGUCUAUUGGGAAUAGUUUCUCCGAAGUAGAUUGAAAAAUUAUCAAUCUUUGCUUGAGCGUGUGUCCGAUCAUAUUAUUAUACUUUCCGUCCUCAGAUAUAUGAUAUUAUUAAUAUUAUUAUUAUUAUUAUACAUGUUAAGCCAAUUCGCCAAAAACUGUGAUAAUUUUUGUAUACCUAUACGUAUAUUGUAUUUGUAUAUUUAGACGUUAAUUAGUAUAGUAUUAUAUUUUGUAAUUUAUGUUUUAUUAAAUAUAUUUUUUUUUAUGAUAUUAUUACUGUGUAUAUAAAUAAUAUUUAUAAAGAGAUUAUAAAGUGCUCAACAAUAAACGAAAAAAAUUGUCUCUAC